CUUUUUUGUCGGCCUAAUAUGUUUUAUAAAAGCCCAAAUGGGCAGAUAUUCGGUACAGAAGAUGGCCAAAAGUUAGCCCACUAAUUGCAAAACACAAGAUAAGAAAAAUAAAAAAGAGAUACGUGUUAUGCAAUGUGGGAUGUUGAGAGAAGAAAAAGGUUUCGCCGUCACCGACUCAUCAUCACCGGAAACUUCCUUCAUCAGCUGUCACCGACUCAUCAUCACCGGAAACUUCCUUCACCAGCCGGCAGAUCAACUCAGUCCUCCAAGAAACCUCUAUCUCUGCCUUCGAUUGUACCUACUCGCCUUUUGCCAUAGAUCACCAGAAGAGAUUGAACAAGACGAAGACUCCAAUUCUUCAUACUCCGUCCCAAUCAACCGCAUCAACUUGAUCAAUCCACCAAGGAGAACCGAUGCUCUAAACAAGCCCUUUUGGCGGAGCAAGGAAUUACCUUCACUUGGGAGAAGAAUCAAGCACUCAAUGAACAAGGAUCCAUUUGAUGACUUCUGGAAUUUUCAUCUUCCCGAAAUUGGAAGAGUUAAUUUGAGCCUGCAAAAGGCAACCAAAAGAGAAAGAAAGAAAGUAAAUCCGAACAAGUCGGAAAGAGAAACCGGCAUCAAAACAGGAAAUCUAAAACACAAACCAAAAAGCUCUGAUUGAAGACGGAGAUUACAAAAGAAAAACAGAGCUCCCUCUCUGUAAAAGAUAUGAAAGAGAGAAGAGAUAGAAAACUCUUUUCAUUAAAUGUUAUAAUACGAAAAUGAUAUUCAACUAUUUGUUCUCAAGAACAAGAUGAGUGUCGUUAACAUUAGAGUGUGAAUAUAUUUUUGUUAUAAAAAUUGUCAUGCGUUACGG